AUGGCUGCCACCCAGAUCACUUCCAAUACUGAAACUGAUCAGUACAUAAAGAACACGUGGUCCAACACUGAAACUGAUCAGUACAUAAAGAACACGUGGUCCAACACUGAAACUGAUCAGUACAUAAAGAACACGUGGUCUAACACUGAAACUGAUCAGUACAUAAAGAACACGUGGUCCAACACUAAAACUGAUCAGUACAUAAAGAACACGUGGUCCAACACUAAAACUGAUCAGUACAUAAAGAACACGUGGUCCAACACUGAAACUGAUCAGUACAUAAAGAACACGUGGUCCAACACUGAAACUGAUCAGUACAUAAAAAACACGUGGUCCAACACUAAAACUGAUCAGUACAUAAAGAACACGUGGUCCAACACUGAAACUGAUCAGUACAUAAAGAACACGUGGUCCAACACUUAA